UUUUUCAUUUCCUGAAACAUAUAUUGAAACAAAUUUUUGUUAUUACAACGGUUUUUUCAUUUUUCACAAUCUUCUAUAUUAAACCCACUUCGUUUCAAUUUCCAACCUUAUCUUAGGGUUUUUUCCGUUCCCUCUUCUCUGUCUCAAAAAUCCCUUUCUUUAAUUUAUUCAUUCAUGAAGGAUUUGAAUUCCGAUCUGUUUGAUCCGGUUACGGUGAUGGAAUCCGAAUGGGCUCACGGUGGUUCUAGCUCCGACGCCGAUUUCGGAUUUGCUUUCAAUGAUAGUAAUUUUUCUGAUAGGGUUUUGAGGAUUGAAAUCAUGGCCGAUCCAGUUGAUCCUCAACCUGAUUCUGAAAAUUGUACCUCUAUUGCUGAUUGGGCGAGGCAUAGGAAGAGGAGACGUGAAGAUAUCAAGAAAGAAAACGUUGGGGAUCUGCCGGAUGAGCAGAUUUUGAAUGGGAACCAACCUGACAUGGAUGAUUGUGUGGCUUCUGAAAAUCAGGAGGAAGAAGUUGUUGCAAUGGUUGAAGAAUCCCCUUCUGGUGAUGAGGCUGUAAAUGACUUAGGUGAUGAGGCUGUAAAUGACUUAGGUGAUGAGGCUGUAAACGACAAUGAUGAACCCAACCUGGGCAUGGAUUACUCUGAACCUGCAGUUGUUAGAGUUAAAACCCUACAUAUCAGUUCUCCGAUCUUGGCUGCUAAAAGCCCGUUCUUCUAUAAGCUUUUUUCGAAUGGGAUGAGGGAAUCGGAACUGAGACAUGUCACCCUUAGAAUUAAUGCCUCUGAAGAAGCUGCUCUCAUGGAGCUACUAAACUUUAUGUACAGUAACACAUUGAGCAUUAAGACAGCACCUGGUUUGCUGGAUGUUUUGAUGGCUGCCGAUAAAUUUGAAGUUGCUUCAUGCAUGAGAUAUUGUAGUCGGUUGUUGCGAAAUAUGCAAAUGACACCUGAAUCUGCAUUGCUUUACCUGGAGCUGCCAUCUAGUGUCUUAAUGGCUGAUGCAGUUCAACCACUAACUGAUGCGGCAAAGCAGUAUCUUGCUAGCCGAUACAAGGAUAUAACCAAGUUCCAGGAAGAGGUUAUGAACUUGCCCCUAGCCGGAGUAGAGGCAAUAUUAUCUAGUGAUGAUCUCCAGGUUGCAUCAGAAGAUGCUGUUUAUGACUUUGUGCUGAAGUGGGCUAGACACCAGUACGGCAAUCUGGAAGAAAGGCGAGAAGUCCUAGGCUUGCGGCUUGCACGAUUUAUCCGCUUCCCUCAUAUGACCUGCCGAAAGCUUAAGAAGGUCUUAACCUGUAGUGACUUUGAACAUGAUGUUUCAUCCAAGCUUGUCCUGGAGGCUCUAUUUUUCAAGGCAGAGGUUCCACAUCGCCAACGGUCACUGGCAGCUGAAGAGCCUGCUUGCUCGAGCCGUCGUUUCUUGGAGAGGGCAUACAAAUAUCGUCCUGUCAAGGUGGUUGAAUUUGAACUUCCCCGCCAGCAGUGUGUAGUAUACUUGGAUCUAAAGCGGGAGGAGUGUUCCAAUUUGUUCCCAUCUGGCCGGGUUUAUUCUCAGGCUUUUCACUUGGGUGGACAAGGGUUUUUUCUGUCAGCACAUUGUAACAUGGAUCAACAAAGUUCUUUCCAUUGCUUUGGGCUGUUUUUGGGAAUGCAGGAAAAGGGAUCAGUGAGCUUCACGGUGGACUAUGAAUUUGCGGCAAGGUCAAGACCAACAGAGGAGUUUGUUAGCAAAUACAAGGGCAAUUACACAUUCACAGGUGGCAAGGCUGUUGGCUACAGAAACUUGUUUGCGAUCCCCUGGACUUCGUUCAUGGCUGAGGAUUGUCUUUACUUCAUUAAUGGCGUUCUACACCUAAGGGCCGAGCUCACCAUCAGACAGUGACACACAUGCGGAUUCCAAUUUGUAAUCUUUUUAUUGCAGUUGGUAUCUCUGACCUGUUUUAGAUGUCGAAUACUCAUCUGUUGUAAUAUUGUUCUGUCAAUGUCUUCUUCUUUUGGGGCUUUUGUUCUGUCAAUUAACCUUCUGUGAUAUUGUUGUGUUAGUUAACCUUUUCUAAUACUGUUCUGUAAGUUAACUUUCUGUAGUAGUGUUCAAUAUCUAUCUAGACCAUGUGCAUUAGGUGUCUA